CAUCAAAUUCAAACUGAACAUAAAAGAACAACAAAGAAAAUGCUGUCACCAUACAAAUUAAUUCCAAUAAAAUAUCUUACAACAUAUAAAUUAUUCCCCCAUCUACCAUUGCAAAAUUUUGCACUUCCAUGUCCGACAACCACAAGAUACAAUUCUGAAGAUGGCAACAAAUGUGAGCGCAUCCAAACAAAUACACCACAUCCGCCAAGAGACCCACCACAAUCGGAGCCUUACAAUCCAAUAUCCUUUAAGCAUUGUGCCUUUGAUAAACCAAAAAAUGUUCAACCACUUGUAUUCCGCCCAAUGCAAGGCUACGAAGUUCUUGGACCGAAUGCAUCCAAGAAGAAAGUCUACAAGAAUCCUGAAUAUUAUGCAUAUCAUCGGUAUUCACAUGUAGAUCUGUUUAUGAAUGCAAUGCGCAUUCGAAAGGAGAAAGAACUGCAACUAAAUUGUUGCAGUCCGGAGGAGGACCUCGAAGAAUGUGAGGACGAUGAAGAAAGUGACGAUGACGAGAAUUGUAAGGAGGAAGAAAAUAAUCAUCGAGGAAACGGAAGCAAUGCAGACGACUGUGAGCGGAAAGGUGAUGUAAAGAAGGAUAACUCCAAGAAGAAAUAGAUAAGGGAAGAUCUAAAAGUAGGAUAUUUCUUUUAAUUGCCAGAAGGGACAUAUUUUAUGAGAAAAUUAAAUUUAAUAAGUUCGGUGUUAUGAGAAAGUCAAAAUUUUAUAUUUUCGGGCAAACAUGGCGUAUGUGGAACUUUUUUUUGUGUUUCUCUAGUAAAUUAUUAAAAACCCUAGAAAAUAUUAUAUGUGUGCAUAUUUUUGUGUUAUAACUUUUGACAUCAUCAUGAAAACUACC